UAUAUUUUCAAAAUGGCGUCCGAAAGUAUCACAAGAAAAAGUAUUUUGUAUGCUCCAAAAACCCUUGAGCCUUUUUGAAAAUGGAAUAGAAGAUGGCCAGAUGUCAGAUGAGAGGAGAUAAAUCAAAUAAUUGAGUUGGAAACUGCACGGUGUGCGCCGACUAAAUUUAGGUUCAUGAGAAUGAGAGAAAAACAAGAAAUUUUUAAGAAAGAGAAAUUGCCUGUGCAUGAUGAAAUGGAGUCUAAUUCAGAUUCGGAUACUAAACACAUAACAAAAAGAGAUAAACAACGGAAAAAACCAGGAACAAAAUUCCUUCGAAAAUCAUCAAAGCAUCACUCAGAUAGACAGGUAGAAAUGAAUAAGAAAAGGGAGAGUUCACUUAUUCAAAAAAGAAGAAAAACCAAACUCACCAAAGAACAACAUGAGCAAAAAUGUGGAAAAAAGAUGUCAAAAAUAGAAGAGAGACGAUGUUUUAUCAACUCUAAAAACAGACUAACUAUGGGAAUUUACAACCAAGGGAAACAGUCACAUACAAUCUAUAGAGAAUCUGGAUUAUCAGGAGUCUUUGAGAAGAUGUCCAAAAAAUCAAAGGACAAAACAAAGGAAGAUAUGUCCAAAGUUCUUGAUUGUUCUUCGUUUCAAAUCGAACCACUGCAAGCUUGUAUCACAGAAACAACAUUUGAUGAUUUCAAUCUCCCAAACUCAGAAUCAAGUGACUAUUCUCAAAAAGAACCGAUAUGUUAUGUAGAUUUGGAAGGAAAACGAAAGAGCUCAUCGGCAGGAAGCGCGCAUAACUUUACUAUUAACAAAUGUAACAUGGUCGAUGAUGUUCCAGAAAGGAUUGAACUAGCUAGUGAGCCUCAACUUGAAGACAUUACCAGCAGGUUAAUGAAUAGCAUAGAACCUAGCGAGACAUUCGGUAAAGAUCAUUUGCAAGACAUCCGAAGUGAACUUAAAGAAUACUAUCGCAAGAGGACAUUACAGCAAGAUUAUUGUGAUGGUCAUAUUUUACUGAACACCGUAAACAAUCCAAGUACUACACCAGUUCAAAUUGGUAAAACUCUAAAUGCAGGAAAAAGACUUUUCCCGUCGUCUAUUAAUAGAAUUGGCUGUAUGUCUCGCGAUCUUGAAAAGUCGACUGUAAAUUUCCUUCAUGAAAAUCCAGAUCUAGAUAGUAAAAAAAUUUCUACACAGGAAAAUGCUGUUGCAUAUGACAAUAUGGAUGGUCAGUGCACUACAAAAGAACAUUAUGAUGCAUCACAUGGUGAUCCGGAACUCACUCAUGAUAUUUUAAGUAUUAUAGAUGAGGAAUACAUUGAUAAUUCCGCAGUGGAUCUCACGAAAUAUGCGUCGAUUUCACCUUUAAAAAAACCCUCCAUGAAUACACCAAGCCCUUGUAAACUUUUACCAAGGAAACUAUUCUAGAAAUCCUACUUAGAAUUAUUUCUUAGUCUUUUUUGUAAC